UAUCGUUAUCGUUAUCACAUGGAUCAGUCAGUGAAAUCAUUGCAGAAUUGAUAACAUGCCAUGUUAAACUACGCUCUUUUCUGUGCUCGAUUACGUUUGCCUAUUCAAAUAUGGCGCUGUAAAAGCCAAGGUUUGUUUUUCAUGGGCGCAAAGUAUGUUUAAGUGCAUUAACCGAACGGCCCAGUUUACAAGAUAUAUCCAGUCAGCAGGCAACUGUUUCGGUCUUAACCAAGAAUUUAGGCUGGUGUCAUCCUUGCCACUCAGAAUGACCGACCAGGCUGUGAAUAGGGUGGUUAGUGAAAUAAUUCGCUCUCCCGAGGACAAACGGGUUUACAGGGGUUUGGAGUUUACCAAUGGCCUGAAGGCCAUGCUCAUCAGUGACCCAACAACAGACAAAUCUUCAGCUGCGUUGGACGUUCACAUAGGUUCAUUAUCGGACCCAGGGAACAUAUCUGGCCUGGCACACUUCUGUGAGCACAUGCUGUUUCUGGGAACAAAGAAGUACCCCAAGGAGAAUGAGUACAGCCAGUUCCUCAGCGAGCAUGCAGGCAGCUCCAACGCCUUUACCAGUGGAGAGCAUACCAACUAUUACUUUGACGUAUCCCAUGAGCACUUGGAAGGAGCACUAGAUAGGUUUGCCCAAUUCUUCCUGUGCCCACUGUUUGAUGAGAGCUGUAAGGAACGGGAGGUGAACGCUGUGGACUCUGAGCACGAGAAGAACCUGAUGAAUGACGCCUGGAGGCUGUUCCAGUUAGAAAAGGCCACUGGCAACCCUGACCACCCCUUCAGUAAAUUUGGAACAGGUAACAAAUUGACCCUUGAGACCCGGCCGUCCCAAGAUGGGAUUGACAUCCGUCAGGAGCUCCUGAAGUUUCAUUCUACAUAUUACUCCUCCAACCUCAUGGGACUGUGUGUGUUAGGAAGAGAAUCAUUAGAUGAGUUGACCUCCAUGGUGGUUAAGCUAUUUGGAGAAGUCGAGAACAAGAACGUACCUAUCCCAGAGUUCCCUGAGCACCCCUUCCAGGAAGAACACCUCAAACAAUUCUACAAAGUGGUGCCUAUUAAAGACAUCAGGAACCUGUAUGUGACUUUCCCCAUCCCAGACCUACAGAAGUACUACAAAUCUAACCCAGGACAUUAUCUGGGACAUCUGAUUGGUCAUGAAGGACCCGGAAGUUUGUUAUCUGAGCUCAAAUCUAAAGGCUGGGUGAACACACUAGUGGGAGGGCAGAAAGAAGGAGCCAGAGGAUUCAUGUUCUUCAUCAUCAAUGUGGAUUUGACUGAGGAGGGCCUCUUGCACGUUGAGGACAUCAUCUUCCACAUGUUCCAGUACAUCCAGAAACUGCGUACUGAGGGACCACAGGAGUGGGUGUUUGAGGAGUGCAAGGAUUUAAACAAAGUGGCCUUCAGGUUCAAGGACAAAGAGCGACCUCGUGGCUACACGUCCAAAGUGGCUGGUCUUGUACACUACUACCCUCUUGAAGAGAUUCUUGCAGCAGAGUACCUGUUGGAGGACUUCAGGCCCGAUCUGAUUGAGAUGGUGCUGGAUAAGCUGAGACCAGAGCAUGUUAGAGUUGCAGUGGUGUCAAAGUCAUUUGAGGGGCAAACCAACAAGACAGAAGAGUGGUAUGGCACGCAGUACAAACAGGAGGCCAUCUCUGAAGAGUCCAUCGAGAAAUGGGCAGGUGCAGACCUCAACGGCAAGUUCAAAUUGCCGAUGAGAAACGAGUUCAUCCCUACCAACUUUGAGAUCUACCCUCUUGAGAAAGACUCUCCACCAGUCCCCACUUUAAUCAAGGACACAGCUAUGAGCAAGGUGUGGUUCAAGCAGGAUGACAAGUUCUUCCUGCCCAAGGCAUGCUUGAACUUUGAGUUCUUCAGCCCGUUUGCGUAUGUGGACCCAUUGCAUUGUAACAUGGCGUAUUUAUACCUGGAGCUCCUCAAGGACUCCCUCAACGAGUAUGCAUAUGCAGCCGAGCUAGCUGGCUUGAACUAUGACCUCCAAAAUACCGUCUAUGGGAUGUAUCUGUCGGUUAAAGGUUACAGUGACAAACAGCACAUCCUGCUGAAGAAGAUCAUUGAGAAGAUGGCCACAUUUGAGAUAGAUGAAAAGCGCUUUGAUAUCAUCAAAGAAGCGUACAUGAGGUCUUUGAAUAACUUCAGAGCCGAGCAGCCUCACCAGCACGCCAUGUACUACCUCCGUCUACUAAUGACCGAGGUUGCUUGGACCAAAGACGAGCUCAAAGAGGCUUUGGAGGAUGUAACUCUCUCACGCCUCAAGGCCUUCAUACCUCAGCUAUUGUCACGUCUACAUAUUGAAGCCCUUCUCCAUGGCAACAUCACCAAGGAGUCUGCUCUUGGCAUGAUGCAAAUGGUGGAGGACACGCUCAUUGAGCAUGCUCACACAAAGCCCCUCCUGCCGAGCCAACUGAUACGCUACAGAGAGGUGCAGGUUCCAGACGGUGGCUGGUAUGUUUACCAGCAGAGGAACGAGGUGCACAACAAUUGCGGCAUUGAGAUCUACUAUCAGACAGACAUGCAGAACACCCACGACAACAUGCUGCUGGAGUUGUUCUGUCAGAUCAUCUCUGAGCCCUGCUUCAACACACUGAGAACCAAAGAACAGCUGGGCUACAUUGUGUUCAGUGGACCCCGGCGGGCUAACGGAGUGCAAGGCCUGCGCUUCAUCAUCCAGUCGGAAAAGGCACCCCACUACCUGGAGAGCCGCGUGGAGGCUUUCCUCUGCACCAUGGAGAAGGCUGUGGAGGAGAUGAGCGAGGAAGCCUUCCAGAAACACAUCCAGGCCCUGGCCAUCCGCCGCCUGGACAAGCCUAAGAAGCUGUCUGCCGAGUGUGCCAAGUACUGGGGAGAGAUCAUCUCUCAGCAGUAUAAUUUUGAUAGAGAUAACACCGAAGUGUCCUAUCUGAAGACUCUAAGUAAAGAAAACAUAAUGCACUUCUACAGAGACCGGCUGACUGUCGAAGCCCCGAAGAGACACAAGGUGUCCGUGCACGUCCUGUCCAGAGAGAUGGACUCCUGUCCGAUAGUGGGAGAGUUCCCUGCCCAGAAUGAUGUCAACCUGGCCCCCGCUCCUUCCCUGCCACAGCCCACGCUGGUUCAGGACAUGACGGAGUUCAAGAGGAGCCUGCCCCUCUUCCCCCUGGUCAAGCCUCACAUCAACUUCAUGGCGGCCAAACUGUGAGCGAGGAGGCCGGCAGGUCGCCACGCAGCAGCACGGAGUCGGCGGGAAGGGGGACGGCCAGGGAACCCACUCUGUUUUCCACCUACGCUCCCCCUCUCCCCUCGUCAGGAAGACUUCCAUCUGUGUGGUGUGUGUGUGUGUGGUGUGUGUGUGCGUGCAGUUGUGUGUGUGUGUGCGCAGGUGUGGCAGGCUGGAGCCACUAGAAGAGAUGCUUUGAAACAAAUGUGUGGUUUUUUUUUUUGGAAUCACAAAGUUAGCCGUGGUUGUCGACGUAGCUGUGAUAAGGAUAGAGUUCACACCAGACUCACGUCGUGUUAGAAGUCUCUCAAAGGAGAAGCAACACUCACACACAUCCCAGUACUGUGCAGGCGAAAUAGAAACAACCUAAAAAAAAAAAAAAGAGAUGAGGGCCAGUCCCCUUUUUAAACAAGUUCAAGUAUACGGCAGAAGCUUCACAGGAGGAGGCGUUUUAUUUCAAUUAUUCAGAAAUGCUGCUUUGAGGAUGGAUAGCUGUUUUUGUGAUGAACUGGGGCGUGUAGAAGUAAAAUCAGCAGCUCCAUGAAGGUCUUAUCUAUUUUUUUUAUUUUUUUUUUGGACUGUUAUGUUUGCCAUGUAACUCUGAGGCACCUCGACUCUCCUGCAAAUGUUAACGGAACGAAAGACUCUUUCCUUUAAUUCAAAUUGAUACCGGUUUUUAGAAUUAUGGUUUUAAUCCGCUGGUUUUGAAAUGUUACUUGUAAACUGGUAAAGUGUUAGGACCCUCUUAAGGAGCUGCUUUAAAAAAAAAAAAAAAAUGUUUAUUGCAUUUUACAGUAAUUCAGACACCUCAGGGGUACCUCUAUGCUGUUUUUUUUUUUAACAGUUUUACUAGCAAUUGAUUACAAAUAAAAACAUUUUAUCAGUCUGUCAUUAGUACAUCAGUACUUUGUUCACAUCACUAAAUGUGAUCACAUCCUUACUGGUCUUCCCCGUGUUCUUUUUCUAAUCUCCACAGAGAGUGUCAUUAUUCUUGUCUGCGUGUGAGACUUUCUGCGGCUUGUGCCUUUCCGGUCAAGGGCAUCAGAUAUAGGUAUCUGGCUGCUCCUGGUCUGACCCGGGGCACAAUCCUGGAGGAUUAAACCCCACCGAAUGUGCUAGACUGUCCUCUGGCUCUUACUGCAGAGUGGUAAAAACAACAUAGCAGCUAGCCUUUUUUUUUUUUUUCUCUCUAAAUAGAAACAUUUCAUGUUGGUGUCUAAAGGGGGUUAAAGAAAAUCUCCAGUCUAAUUUUUUUUUUUCUUCUUCUGAAUAUGCACUUCUCUCACUAAGCAAUAAAGCUAAUGAUGUGGACAGGGAACGGUGUGAGACAGCGAGGAGAUGUCUCCGCACUGCUGAGCAGCUCCAGCAGCUGGACCCACGCUGAGGCCAGAAUCCAGCCUGAAGCGCCAAGAGGACUGUGUCCGUUGCGAGUGGCGCUGGCGCGUGGGUAGUGAUGUCAGGGCCUCGCGAGCAUGACCUGCUCUCUCAGGUGCUAACCAGCUUUGCUGUGUCAACCACUCUGUUUAAAGAGCCGAGAAUCAUAGUCAUCAUUUAAUUGUUCCACUCCUUUCCCGCCGUUCCAGUUCUCAGUUCAUUGGUCGCUCACGCGAUGCUGCAGUUUUAAAGAAAGAGAAAGAAAGUUGUAAGGGAGCACCUGUAUGAUUAUUUAGCAUUUUGCUAUGUCUCAACCUGAUCAACACAAUUAACCAAGUAGGGUUAAAGGCACUAUUGCCUUUUGCGGUUGGAAACCCAAAGACAACCAGCAGCAGCAUACAGUUGUGUUCAGAAUAAUAGCAGUGUGUUUUUAAAAAGGGAAUAAUGCUCAAAAUGCUUAGAUCCUCUUAAUUACAUGUAAUAGAUAUUCCAUAAAAUUUUGGGAACACUGGCCAUUCAAUUCCAAAUCAAAACAUUGAUCAAGUCUGUGUUGUAGAAAAGGAAUGGUAAAAUAGUAUUUGCAUUGAAACAUUUACUGUAUCAACUGAAAAAUGUCUCAAGGGUUUGCUUUAGGUGGAAUCAUUGCACCAAUAUGUAGUUUCUGAAAAUUGCUUCCCAUCUGUGUUGCAUGGAGUCGACCAACUCCUGGCACUUGUUCUGAUAGUUUUACUUCACGUAGUCUUCUUCUGAUCCUAACAGUACUCACAGGUACCUUAAGUCUUCAUUGAUUUUCCUGGAGCGGAUCAUUGGCUGAACCUUUGCCAUUUGGGUUAUUCUUCCAUCCAUUCGAAUGGUAGACGGUUGUUUUUUCCCAUGUCGUACAGGCUUUGGAUGUUAUUUCAAGGCAUUUGAAAUCAUUUUGGCUGAGCAGCCUAUAAUUUUCUGCACUUGUUUUCCCCUCUCCAAUCAACUUUUUAAUCAAAGUCCGCUGUUCCUCAGAGCAAUGUCUGGAAAACCCAUUUUGCUGAGUAUUUCAGUGUGAAAUGCACUAUAACCAGCAUGAACUUUUGCUUCCUUAAAUAUGGGCUAUAAUUGAUCUUCACUGAAUCAAUCACCUCACUAACUGAACACACUAUUUAGAACAUGCUCUUUUCAAUUAUACAGAAUGAGCAGCAUGCAUGCCAUGAAUUAAUUUUUUAAAUAAGUAAAUUAGUUGCUAUGUAGAAAUAUCACUUUUCCCAAAAAACAUAAUUUGAGGUUAGUGAUGUUGGACUGCUAUUAUUUAACACAACUGUCACCUGGGGAUGGUGACUAAGCAGUUUUUAGUAUUCGGAGGAAACUGACAUUACGUAUCAGGCUUGGGUGGGCUGUGCACUGUUACCUUGAUUAGUUUACAUUUAGAAAAUCUGGAGCAUAUUUUAAUUUCUAAUGUCUUUGGCAACACGAGACUGAUUGGCUGGUGAUACGAGUGUGCUGGCUUUGAGUUGUUCUUUUUGUCUCCUGUGUGUGUUUCUAAUUAAAACUACUGAAUGGAA